AAUAUUGACAUGAACUUACAGAGAUUCGAGUUUUAUUUUACAAUCUUCUGAUCCAUCUUCUUCCUUUUUAAGUAAUUAGAUUUCGGAAGAGCGCUUAAGAAUGGCUGCAAUUUACAGUCUCUACAUCAUCAACAAAUCGGGCGGCUUGAUUUUCUACAAGGAUUAUGGAUCAGCUGGACGAAUGGACACAAAUGAUAGCUUGAGAGUGGCUAGUUUAUGGCAUUCAAUGCACGCGAUCUCUCAACAGUUAUCGCCUACCACUGGUUGUUCGGGUAUCGAACUCCUUGAAGCGGAUACUUUUGAUCUCCAUUGCUUCCAAUCUCUUACUGGGACAAAGUUUUUUGUGGUCUGUGAACCUGGAACGCAGCACAUGGAGAAUCUUUUGAAAGUUAUCUACGAGUUGUACUCAGAUUAUGUGCUGAAGAAUCCCUUUUAUGAGAUGGAGAUGCCCAUUCGAUGUGAACUAUUUGACAUCAACCUAUCUCAGGCUAUACAGAAGGAUCGUGUUGCCUUUUUAGGGCGAUGAAUUGCCCUUCAACAUCGAUCUCCCCAAAUUAUCUUUGUUUUGUUCUUCUUGGUUUGUAGCACUGUAAUGGCAGAGAUACUGGUUUUGUUUUGUAUUGGCUACAUCUAUUUGAUACCUGCUCAACUCAUUAUCGAUAGAGCAUGUUAAGAACUUGGACUCUUAGCCGAGAGAUGUCCUCCACUAGAUUAGCCAAACAGGUAUGUUUUAUAAGCAGCUGAAUUCUGUUCAUUUUAGCUGAUGAUUCAAGCUCACCUGAAAACUGAAACCUAAUAGUCAUUGUAAACAAAGAGCAAUGCUAUAUGGUUUUAAGUACAUAAUUAGAUAUCUA